AUGGAGAACAACAACAACACCACAACAACAAUUACUGAUCAAUUGAAUUCUCUUCGUUCUAUCUUACAUUCAGAUGAUCAUCUUCAAAUUUAUCCAUCUGGAGAUUAUGUACAAGUUCGAAUAAAACUGAAUCAUGAUAUUCAAAUAAGUUUUUUCUUUGAUUCCUUAAACAUUUUAAAUAAGCCAUUAACUAUUAAUAAUCUACAUGAUUUACGAAUUAAGAAAUCAUCUAAUAACUGUCCAUUAGAUAAAGAUCAAUGGACAAAUAUUCGUCAAUAUUUUUAUGAACUUAUCCAACAGUCAAAUGAAUCAACGUCAAUUCAAUCAGUUAUUCAAUCAAUUCAAGAUUAUUCAGUAAGCAUAAUGACAAACAAUAAAAAAUCAAGACGAAAAGAGAAAAAAUCAACAGAAAUUUCUGCAGGAGAAGAUACAUCAGCACUGACGAAUAGAUUUCGUCAUUCGGAUAUCAUAUUCAAUCGCAUUUUACAUGAUAAGACGAUUGAUCGAUCACAAGUUGUCAUUGGAUAUGAAGAUCGAUUUAUAGGCAUUCAUGAAAUACCAUUCAAUGAAUUUAAGCGAGUGCACGAACAUGAGUAUGGAAUUCCACUGCAUCGCAUUCGACAUUUUAAACUCAAUGGAAAUCUUGUAUGGGAUCGAAGAAAACGACUAGAUCUAAUAACUGGAAGUCAACAACAAAAUGUCAUAUCUAAUGACGACUAUCAAUAUCUCUCUCUUGUACAAGGACUUUAUUAUUUCGAUCAUUCUCUUCAACAAUGGAUUGAAUGUCCACAUAUACCAUUAACAUCUGAUGAUCCAAGAAUUCCAUCAACCAGUGAGACAUGGUUACCUGAACGAUGUCAUUUUGUCACAUGGAAUAUUCUAUUUGAUUAUUAUCAAUCAACACUUAUUCAUAGUCAACAAAGAUAUCAAGCAAUACUAGAUACACUUAAAUCAGUCUUACCCGAUAUCAUUUGUUUACAAGAAGUAACUAAAAGUUUUCUUAAUCUUCUAUUAAAUGAAUUAUGGUUUCAACAAAAUAAUUAUUAUGUUAUUAUUAUGAAAAGUAUUAUAAAUAGUGAUGAAGAAAAAUCAUAUGGACAAUUGAUGAUUAUGAAAAAUUUUCGGCCAAGAUCAUUUUCAAUAUGUUCACUAGACCUGUCUGAAGAUGAUGAAUUGGAAUCACCAACAACAACUACAACAAGAAAAUAUAAAGCAAAAAAAGAAUUAAUCAUAGCUCGGUUUGGUCUAAAUGCUAGAGUUACAAUAGAUCUAGUUAAUCUUCAUUUGCAUAGUGAUCUUGCUCGUAAUUCAACUGAAAAACGUUGUCAAACUUUAUACAAUCUCUUUCGAACAAUGAAAACAUAUAAUUAUAUGCUUAUUGGAGAUUUUAAUUUUGGAGACGCACAUUCAAAAGAACAAAAUAUUCUUGCAGCAUACGAAAAGGACGUACAUGAUUUAUGGAAAGAAGUUUAUCGUCUUGAUGAAAAUCCUGGUUUUACAUUUGAUCCAUCACGUAAUAUUUGUGCUCAAAUAACAUCUCGAUCACAAAAAAAUCGUCGUUUAGAUCGAUAUUUAAUUCAUACAUUAUAUAAUCUUUCUUAUUCAAUUGAACAUCUUUCAAUGAUAGCUGUUGAUACAAUACCAAUUGAUCCAUUCAAUAAUGAUGAUAGUCAAAGAAUUAAUCUAUCUGAUCAUUAUGCAUUACAAUUAAUGAUCAAUUUUCAGACAAGAUCUAUAAGUCAUCGUUCUGCACUUGUGAUUUUACCAACUACAGAUAAGUGGUCAUUAAUUGAUUCAUAUUGUGGAUACUAUGAUUCAUCUACGAGUCUAUGGCCUUCACAUAUUAAUUUAUUAUGGCCAUUUUAUGAUUUAAAUGAUUGUCAAGAUGAUCAAGAAGAUAUUCUUUUAAAAUUAAGACUUUUAUUAUGUCAAUAUUCAUCAUUUUCUAUUCAGAUAAAUGAAAUAGAUUCAUUUGUCGAAAAUAAUGUUAGUUACAUGAAAUGUGAUGAACAAUCAGUAAAUCAUCUUAAACAAUUACAUGAACAACUUGCACAAUUAUUUUCACAUUGUUUAAAAAACAGUAGAAAUACGUAUAAUCCACAUAUGACAGUUGCUCAGUUUGACAGUAAAGAAAAAUUUAACCAAGCUAAACCAUCAUUAAUUUUAAAUGAAUCAUUUAAAUUUCCUGUUCAACAUCUUUACAUCUUACAACGACCACAUGAUAAUGAUACAACACCAUUUCAUAUUGUUCAUCAAAUACCAUUAGGUCCUAGACUUCAACCAAUUUGUUUUAAACAACUCAAUUCUGUUCAUACUAAAUUACAAGAAUUUUUUCAAAUAAUGAAUCUUUAUGAAACUCAUGAAUCAUACAAACGAAAACAAGAUAAAUUUGAAAAACUUUCGUCUUGCUUUCAACAAAUUUUCAAUAAAGAUACAUUACAUUGUUUUACUCAUUCAUUCUUAUCAUAUGGAAGUUUUCGUAUUGGUAUUAAUGGACAAGAUGUUGAUACAGUAUUUCUAUUGAAUGAAAUAAAAUCAAUCAAUAGUGAAACAACAUUUGAUGAAACACUUCAUCAAUUGAAACAUGAUUCAAGUGCAUUGAAUAAACAUAUUGUUAAUUUACUUGAAACACAAAUAAAUGAAAAUUUCAAAGAUGAACUCAUUUAUUGUAGAAAAAUUGAAGCAUUAUUUCCAAUAAUAUCUAUUUUAUUUAAUGAUCAAACAAAAGUGGAAAUAUUUGUACAAAUCGAACUCAAUAACGAACAAACGAUUGAACGUAAAGCUGCAAAUGAUUCUCAUCGUCCAGGAUCUGCAAUACAUGGAGUGCAUGAUAUAGAACGUCUGUUUGUACAUAUUCGUUCGCCACCUAUCUUUCAACAUCUUCUAACAUACAUUCGUACUUGGGCUCAACAUGUUGGUCUCUAUGGACAAGUAUACGGUUAUCUAAGUGGUUAUGCUUGGGCUAUUCUGUGUGCACAUAUUUGUCAUAAAUAUUUAUCACCAAUCAAAUCUCUGUUAUCAAUAGAAGAGUUUUCUAUUGACGAAUUUUUUUCAUUAGUUAAAUAUUUUUUUUCAACUUUUGCGCAAUUUAAUUGGUCAGCAGAUGCCUUUUGUCUUUAUCCAAAAUCAUAUAAACCUAUAACCUAUUCGGGAAGACCAUCAGUAUAUCAGCGUGGUUCAAUGCGUAUUAUAUCACCAAGUCCACCAUUUAAUAAUGCAGCACGUUCAACAAAAAAAUCUACGCGUGAUUUGAUCAUUCAAGGUUUUCAACGUGUUGUACAAUUACUUGACUCAAUAAAUACAAUUACAACUGAAGAUAAAUCAAAUGCACUUAAGCAAAUACUUGAAUUAAAUAAUGAUUUUCCUAGUGAAAAAACGGAAUCGAUUAUUCAACUUACCAUUUCAAGUCAAAAUACUGAUGAAUUUGAUUCGUGGCUCGGUUGGAUAAGAUCACGUUUUUCGUUCUUCUUUAGUGACUGUGAAGAAGCAUGCCAUUACACUUUUCAACCGCAAAAUGCAAUCGAAUAUCAAUCGAAUAAGAUCGAAGCACUCUAUUCUAUUGCUUUUCAGGUUGAUUCAACAACAUUACAACAAUGUCGAAAAUUUACUGUUUGUUUAAAGAAGUUUAUUGAUCAAGUGAAUUCAUUUUCAAAUCGAACGAAGUCAAUGAAGUUUUCUCAGAAAAUAAUAUCAAUAGAUGAUUGA